GGUCUAGUUUAUGUGUACGUAGACAAGUUCGAGCAAUUCGGCCACACAUCUCUGAACCGCGAUCCAUCUCUGGAAUUUAGCCUACUGUCUGCAUUUGACAUCUGAAAGUAGGUAAUUUUCAAUAGACAAAAACCAAAACAAGCUUAAAUCAUGGUGGCAAAACAGAGAAUACGCAUGGCCAACGAGAAACACAGCAAAAACAUCACGCUAAGAGGCAAUGUGGCCAAAUCCACGAGAAAUCCAGGUGAUGACAAGGUGGCAGUGGGACCGUGGCUGUUAGCUUUAUUCAUCUUUGUCGUCUGCGGAUCAGCAAUCUUCCAGAUCAUUCAGAGCAUUCGAAUGGGAAUGUAAUAUCAGGACUCCUAACACCAUUGCCUGUAUCCAGCAUUCCUCUACACAUCAAGUGGUUUCAUGGUCCUUCACAAGACCAAAGAUGAUCAACUACCUACCAUCAGUCCAUUCCUUCUUCCAAUUAUUAUUUUCCCCUCUUUGGCAGCACCAAACUGAGUUGGGAGUUUCACUUACACAUAUCUUGAAGGCAGAUAAAUGUAAUUGGUUACCUUGAUGGAGAAGGCAGAGCUUAAAAGCUUAGGUCCCAAGUUAGUCAAUUGAAAUUUACAUUUUAAACAGUUAAGUAAUCUCAGAGCAUUCAGCCUGUUCAAAAUGCAAGUUCUGCCAUCUCCAUUGAGUUAACCAAUCACAUUAUUUUCAUGCCUGGGACAGAUCUGCCUUCAAGACAUGUUUUAUGUAAAACACCCACAUGCAUGUCAUGCCAAACAGGGUAAGCACAUACUUGUCAUCUUUGCCUUGUGCCUUACAUAAAUCGAUCAAAUGCAAAUAUAGACUGGUGUCACGUCUACAUUGAGAAAGAAAGCCAUGCACUGUUCCAUCAUAAUACAUUCCAAAACUGCUGAGUUACAGACAAUUGCAUAACCACAGAGCUGUGCUGUAUGGAUGAUCUUUUACAUUUUUGGUGCUGUGUCUUUGAUCAACUCUUAAGUACUCAUUUGAAUCCUUUGCAUUGUAAAAUAAUUAAUUGAAAGUUUUUGCAAGUUAUGUUGGUUCAGGGAACUACAUAUGUGUUGGUUUGAAGUGCCAAAAUGAAAUGGUGUGAAUGUUUGACAUCCACCGGAGUUAUAAAUUGUCCUUUAAGUAUAAAUUCCAGAAUACAAAAGCAUGGUGACUUCAUUCUAGAAAUGAACUUUUCAUUUGUCUUGGUUGCGCGAAGCCAAUAUCUGUUGUAUUAUACACUUUUAUUAUAAUUAAUACUAUGUGAUGCCUUUUCUGAUUCUAUUGUCAUUUUCUUUAGUAAGCAAAAGUAAAUGAAGGUCUUUUGAAUCAGAAGAUUUAAAAGGAACGAAAUGUCUGGCUGGGCUACAACUAUAUGUAGCUUACAUGAUUCCAUCUAUGUUUCCCUAAACAAAUCUCUAAAACAAAUUAAAAAAAUUAAAAAUGUG